AUGGAUAUAGGCGGAAAUUCCUUACCAUCUGCAUCAGAUACGGUUAAGAGAAAAGUGAGCUACUUCUAUGAUCCAGAGGUUGGAAAUUACUAUUAUGGGCAAGGUCACCCAAUGAAGCCACACAGGAUGCGAAUGACUCAUGCUCUCCUCGCUCACUAUGGUUUACUACAACAUAUGCAUGUAUUGAAGCCUAAUCCUGCUCGAGAGAAGGAUCUAUGCAGGUUUCAUGCAGAUGAUUAUGUCUCAUUCUUGAGAAGAAUCACGCCAGAUACAGUGCAGGAAUAUUCGAGACAGCUGAAGAGAUUUAAUGUUGGCGAAGAUUGCCCUGUUUUUGACGGUCUUUACUCCUUCUGUCAAACUUAUGCUGGAGGUUCUAUUGGAGGAGCAGUUAAGUUAAACCAUCAACAUUGUGACAUUGCGGUAAAUUGGGCUGGUGGACUGCAUCAUGCAAAGAAAUGCGAGGCCUCCGGUUUCUGCUAUGUGAAUGACAUAGUUCUGGCUAUUUUGGAGCUCCUCAAGUUUCACGAGCGUGUUCUAUACGUCGACAUCGAUAUUCAUCAUGGCGAUGGUGUUGAGGAGGCUUUUUAUAUUACAGACAGGGUCAUGACCGUUUCAUUUCACAAAUUUGGAGAUUAUUUCCCUGGUACAGGGGACAUAAAAGAUAUUGGAUUUGGGAAGGGGAAAUACUAUGCUCUUAACAUUCCAUUAGAUGAUGGAAUUGAUGAUGAAAGCUAUCAGUCGUUGUUUAAGCCAAUAAUGAGAAAGGUGAUGGAUGUUUUUAGGCCUGGAGCUGUGGUCUUACAAUGUGGAGCUGAUUCCUUAUCUGGGGAUAGGUUAGGCUGCUUCAAUAUAUCCGUUAAAGGUCACGCGGAGUGUGUCAGAUUCAUGAGAUCUUUUAACGUGCCACUUCUUUUGUUGGGUGGAGGUGGCUACACAAUACGCAAUGUUGCUCGUUGCUGGUGCUACGAGACAGGAGUAGCUCUUGGAAUUGAGGUUGACGAUAGGGUGCCAGAGCACGAAUAUAUUGAGUAUUUUGGUCCGGAUUACACUCUUCACGUUGCUCCGAGUAACAUGGAAAAUAAGAACUCUCGUGAAAUGUUGGAUAAUAUAAGAGCAAAGCUCCUUGAUAAUCUCUCAAGACUUCAACAUGCACCAAGUGUACAGUUCCAAGAGCGGCCGCCUGAUACGGAAAUCCCAGAGGCAGACGAAGAUGAAGAUGAUAAUAAAGAUGAAAGAAAAGAUCCUGAUGAUGAUGUUAAUGUUGAUUACUUGAGAGUGAAGAUGGAAUCUGUUGAACCUGAAGCUAAAGAUCAGGAUGAAAUGGAAGUAGACAAGGAUGUGGGGGAGGCGGAUGAGUCAUUGAAUGAUACAGAGUGCUUGAAGGAUUCUACUUUACCUAUAAAAGUAGAAGCGCCAACAUCAGAAUCACUACAUACUAAAGUGGAAGAGGACAACUCGAAAAACCCGACCGAGCAACCUGAGGAGAUGGAUAACGAUUGA